CUGGCUUUGAAUUGGAGACCAUUCACCUGCCUAUUGCUUCAUUCCUGGAAAUUUCACUGCAACUAACUAAGGAAAAAAAAUACCAAGAAAGAAAACAAAGAACAAAAUACCUGAGAAUUCCUAAAGAACAUUUCACCUGAACCUAAAAUGGUGAGCGAGAGUCAUCAUGAGGCCCUGGCAGCCCCGCCAAUCACCACUGCUGCGACUGUUCUACCAAAUAAUGCCACAGAGCCAGCCAGUCCUGGGGAAGGAAAGGAGGAUGGCUUUUCUAAGCUGAAGGAAAAGUUUAUGAAUGAGUUGCAUAAAAUUCCAUUGCCACCGUGGGCCUUAAUUGCCAUAGCCGUAGUUGCAGUCCUUUUAGUCCUGACGUGCUGCUUUUGUAUCUGUAAGAAAUGCUUGUUCAAAAAGAAAAACAAAAAGAAGGGAAAGGAAAAGGGAGGGAAGAAUGCCAUCAACAUGAAAGAUGUGAAAGACUUAGGGAAGACCAUGAAAGAUCAGGCCCUGAAGGAUGAUGAUGCUGAAACUGGAUUGACUGAUGGGGAAGAAAAAGAAGAACCCAAAGAAGAGGAGAAAUUGGGAAAACUUCAAUAUUCACUGGAUUAUGAUUUCCAGAAUAACCAGCUGCUGGUAGGAAUCAUCCAGGCUGCCGAGCUGCCCGCCUUAGACAUGGGGGGCACAUCUGAUCCCUAUGUGAAGGUGUUUCUGCUGCCAGAUAAAAAGAAGAAAUUUGAGACAAAAGUCCACCGAAAGACCCUUAAUCCUGUCUUCAACGAGCAAUUUACUUUCAAGGUGCCGUAUUCGGAAUUGGGUGGCAAAACUCUGGUGAUGGCUGUCUAUGAUUUUGAUCGUUUCUCCAAGCAUGACAUCAUUGGGGAAUUUAAAGUCCCCAUGAACACAGUGGAUUUCGGUCACGUAACUGAGGAGUGGCGUGAUCUGCAAAGUGCAGAGAAGGAAGAGCAAGAGAAAUUGGGUGAUAUCUGCUUCUCCCUUCGCUACGUACCUACUGCCGGCAAACUGACUGUUGUCAUUCUUGAGGCAAAGAACCUGAAGAAGAUGGAUGUAGGUGGCUUGUCUGAUCCUUAUGUGAAGAUUCAUCUGAUGCAGAAUGGCAAGAGGCUGAAGAAGAAAAAGACAACGAUUAAAAAGAACACACUUAACCCCUACUACAAUGAGUCAUUCAGCUUUGAAGUACCCUUCGAGCAAAUCCAGAAAGUGCAAGUGGUGGUAACUGUUUUGGACUAUGACAAGAUUGGCAAGAACGAUGCCAUCGGCAAAGUCUUUGUGGGCUACAAUAGCACCGGGGCGGAGCUGCGACAUUGGUCAGAUAUGCUGGCCAACCCCAGGCGACCCAUUGCCCAAUGGCACACCCUACAGGUAGAGGAGGAAGUUGACGCCAUGCUGGCCGUCAAGAAGUAA